AAAAAUACUUAUUUUACCUUUCCGACAUUAAAACGAUAAGUUUUUAUUCUUCCAAAAUAACCGUGUAGAAACUUAUCGUUCGAUGUUUCAGUAUCAGAUCAAGCUGCAGCCGACGGUAAACAACAGGUUGUGCAUUGUGGUAGUUUAAUAACUUUAUUCGACAAGUUUGAUAAGCGUUGUAAAUCAAAUGAAAAAGGCAGCACCGGAGCUGGAGAAAGCGAAACAAACCAAGGACAGAACACUUCGCAAUCGCAACAAACGAAAAUACAAACGCAACAAGAAGGCUUCCAAGCAGCUGCGGAAAACUUUCGAUCAAAGUUUCGUGCACGGGAAAAACUAUGCAGGGCAGUCAUCGGCUCCGCAGGUGUCCUCAACUGCAAAUGCGAUGUAUGAAUCGGCUGUUCCCAGCUUCGUUCGGCUGAGACACGCACAGAAUGUAUGGAUUAAAACGUACCAAAAUGUCGUGAAGUGGCAGCAUCAGCAUCAACUUAACUACUGGAAGCACUGCACGGUACGAUUGCGGGCAGAAAACGCACGCCUCAAGCGACGACUUGCCGUGCAGGACUCGGAGGACGAAGAGGAAGAAGUAGCACAACAGCAGCAAAGGCAAGCAGCGGUAGAGAGAGACGCAGCCGAGGCUCUGCUGGACGAAGAGUUUAUCGCGUUCAUGGAAGUGUCCGCCAGGCACCGGUUAGAGCGAAGCCGACUGAAAAACGAAAGUGUUCAUUAAUUAGAUUUAUGAAUAAAUUAAGUGCGGAUUAAA